AUGGUGCAUUCUUUAGUCAGCCUUUGUGCCGCGGAGGUGGUCAGUGACCACAGCUCGUCGCCCUGUUGGCUCCAGUGGAUCCCCAGAGAACUGUACAGACCGCUGCUGGAGGCCUCUUUCACCAGCAACAGACCGCUUGCUGUGGGGGAACUCGUCCAGAGAUGGCCCGAGCGGACUUUGCGAGUGGGACGAAGAAAACGUGGAGUGGCUUCCCCAAACAGACUGUGCAUACAAGCUCUUUUACUGGCUGUGGUCAGGGGACUCACAGAUCAAAGAAGUAUUCUACAGCUGCUGGAUCUGUGUGGACAGCAAGGCGAUGAGGGCAGUCUGGGAGACCCAAUGGGAGGCUGGUCCCUGACCGUGGCAUUGUGUACUAUGAUUGUUCAGGCAGGAGCUAAAAGAGCCCAGAGAAAAGACGGAGAACGUGAAAGAAAGAGGUUCUCAGCUCUGCAAAGACACGCAGAUGUAAAGAGAGAGAGAGCAGAUAUAGUGGAAAACAAUAGCAGUGCAUCAUCAGAGAUAAGGUCUGAGGAAGAGCUGACUAAAGGAGUGAGAAGGAGGAUGGAGCUCAAGAGGAAGGGCGAGGGUCCAUCUACAGAUGAAGCAGACUCGAGAAUGGAGAGUAUUGAAAACGACAUAGUUUUGGUCCACGUGAGAGCUGAUCUUUUUGUCAAUGCCCGAUCCUGGGAUCGUGUUCGCGCAGCUUUAAGUUCUCAAGGGCCGCUUAAACUUCAGUGUAGAUAUCUCCGCAUUGAAGAAAUCUCAGUUUCAAGCAUCAAGAUCCUACUAAAUCUGCUGCCCCAUCAGUUUCUUCUUGGGUUAGACGUGAGAUACAGUAGUCUUGGAGUGGCUGGAUUAGCAGAGCUGUUACCUCUUCUUUCCACCUUUCCUGCUCUUGAAUCUCUCCGCUUGCACUACUGUAAUUUAGACAUUCGGAGAGACCUUCAUGGUCAAGAGGAAGCACUUCGAGACCUUUCACAGGGACUGACUCAGCUCCAUCACCUCAAAAGUCUUAGCCUCACUGCCUUGAGGCUGCCUGGUCAACUGCGGGUGAUGCUCAGUUCUUUGCCUCAACCUUUAGAGACUCUAGAACUUCCAUAUUUGAGCCUGAGCCCUGCAGACCUGGCCUAUCUAUCCAUUAGCCAUCAUGCAUCGACUCUUCAGCAGCUAGACUUGAGUGAGAACCGACUGGAUGAAGCCACACUGCCCUCGGUGCGGCGCCUCCUCUCCCAGGCCUCCAGCAGCUUGCAGCAUCUUUCUUUAAGUGGCUGUGGCCUUACUGACCACCUGCUGGGCCUGUUGCUGCCCUCCCUGGGAUGUUGCAUUGCUCUGAAAAGCUUGGCAUUUGCCCUGAACCCACUCUCUAUGUCUGGUCUCAUGGACUUGGUCAAGAUGGCUGUGAGGAUGGGCAGUCUUCGUCAGUUGUUGUACCCAAACCCACUGGAGGAUUACCAGCCAGGACUCCCAGACCUUCCCUCCAGUGCUCAGCUUUUAGACUGGCCUCUGGAUGAUACGAUAGAGAUCAGCGCUACAAGUACACUGCUCAAUAGAGUGCUGAUAGAAAAUGGGCGCUCCAACCUCCAUCUCACAUGUGACCUUCUAAAUUAUCACAAAAACUUAAAAGACGAAUGA